AUGGACCAAAAGCUGGACCAGCGACGCGAUCAAUUGGAUGUCUUGGAGAUCCAAGAGACUGUUCUGCAGGAGGAGAACACCGCACAGCUUGUUCAACUGGCGAUAUUGAUCGAUGACGUUGACAACAUCAUUCGCCAGGCCAAGGUCCAUGAGGCCGAGAUCAUGAACGCCGCGUCCGAUGAAGUGCACGAUCUGUUACUGGAGCUGGAGCAGUCAAGGCAACAUGCACACACCUUGGAGAAUGAGCGAUCAGCACAAACGCACGCGGAGAAGACGCGGAUGAAGACGCCAUUGACCGAAGAGUUUUACUCCAAGCCCAGCAUAAUCUCCUCGAACAACACCGUCGCAUCGCUGUUCAGGAAAAGAAGCUCGAGAUGGAUGACUUGGAGCGUCAGGCAAUGA